AGGAAAGGGGUGUAACGAAGUAGACUGGUCAGUUCUAAGAAUUCUGCAUAACUGCGUACUUGGGGACAAUACGAGGUAUUUCUAGGAAAAGAAGGAAAGGGGUGUACCGAAGUGGACUGGUCAUUUCUAAGAAUUCUGCAUAACUGCGUACUUGGGGACAAUACGAGGUAUUUCUAGUAUAUAAAAGGUGGUGCGCCGAGGUGAACUGAUCAUUUCAAAGAAUUCUUCAGAGCUGCGUAGUUAGUAGUUCAGCUUCUGAAGUUUUGCUAGAAACGCCAGUCAGAAUUGUGUUAUCUGGAUCUUUUGGGAAUGGGUGCAGUACAGACAAUUCCAGUGGUCGGCGAAAUCGUUACUGUUAUUGAUAGCGGUGUGAAGGUAGUUGCAGCUGGUUCAUGCGCUCUUGUAGGAGAGAUAAUGGAUGAACAAGAUGCCAAAAAUGCUGCCAAGAAGUUUGUAAAGGAUGCUGGGAAUUCUUGGGUGGAAUAUUCCGAGAGAAAUAUAAUCGUUGCUCCCGUACGUGCAACCAUUCAUGGUAUUGCUGGCGAUGAGAAAGAAGCAGUGAGAGUCGUGAAAAAGAUGGGUAAAUCAGCUGAACAGGUCAUUGACAGCACUCCAGUUGUCGGGCACAUAAAGGGUGUUGGUCAUUACAUAGCUGGAGAUACGGAACAUGGUCAUGAUUGCAUGAAAGGCGCCAGUCGCACGCUAGCUGUGGUCGGGGCUGGAGCUUUAACUGGUGGAGUUGGAGGAGGAGUAGUUCUAGGUGGAUUAGCUGGCGCUUCGAGUGGUUUUGCGUACGAUGGCACAGUAUCUGUUAUUGAAAGUAAUGUAAAAAACGAAGACCGCCCUUAUGGAGUUAUUGCGUCUAUUGACCAGGCAAUUCAAUCUGAUAAAAAGAAAGAUGGUUAUGGUGUUAUCAACUCAGUCAUAGACGUAGGGUACUCUCUUACCGGAGAUUUUGUUGCCGGCUCUGCUGCAGCGAAGACCAGCAAGACACUGAACAAAGCUUCAAAGCAAAGAAAAGCGUUGAAGAAAAGCGUAGGAAAAGAGGGCGCCAAGGAUGUUCUUGACACUGCCAAAAAGUUAAAAGAAGUAACUAAGGAUGUCAAGGGAGAUAGCCACGUUUGCACGAAAGCUAAAAACCUUGAAACGGGAGAAAAGGCUUACGGGACAAACAGACGGUGUAGACAAGAAUUAAGAAUGAAUAAGUACGCCUCGGAAGGCGAAGCUAGUGGCUAUAAUAGUAAAACAAAUGCUAAGAAAGGAAAUGUCGGUGAAUUCUCGAGAGAAGCAGGAGUCCUUGAAAGAGCAGCAAAUGAGAGGAAUAUGGAUAUCGAACCAAGAGUUGGCAAUCGAGCUCCACGUGCCUGUGCCGAACAUCAAGCCUUUGAUAAGCUUGGUACUAACGGAGCGGAGGCUGAGAUUCGUACGACCAGCGUCACGUCUCAUAAUGGAAAUAUCACAGCUAUAGAGAGAUGCAACAAUUGUGUGCAAUUUGGUGAGCUGAUGGGAGAUGUGGUUACUGAUCGUAUUCAUGGGAUGCCCGUACCCACAAGUCAGUUCGUUCUUGACACUUCCAUGCCUGCCAUAAAAACCGCUGGUAUGUAUGCUGCAGGCGCAGUUAUAGUUUGUUCUGUAUGCGGUGAAAGUGAUGACUGUAGUUGCGAAAAAAAGAAAGUACAUACCGAAUGUACCAAGGUUCAUGCUUAAUUCAAAGGUAUCAGGGUUUUUUUUUCCAGGUUUAAAAAAAAAACGAUGACUCGCUACUAUUAGUUGUAGACUGAUUCCGUUAGUUAGAAUUCUGCUUAUUUGUCAGUUGUCUAAAAUGUCACUUAUUUGUCAGUUUUCAGUUAAAUUUUAUGACAACUUCAACUUCAACUUCUUUUAUUUACACUCAAUUA